UGCGCCUUUGCGCCCGCGUCUCGCCGCGGCUCCCGGGAUGCGCGGAGGCGGCGGCGAUGGCGAUGAUGCCUCCAGUCCUGCAUCAUCUGGAGCGGCAGGCGGAGCUGGGGUCCGGACUGCGAGAUGGAGGAGGAGGGGCGGCGCUGCGGCCACCCGGCAGGCUUAUCUGCCUUGGGCCACUUUUGUCACAUAUUGUUCAUCUGUGAGUUGAGACCCUGACUCCUUUCUUACCGAGUAUUUUUGGGGAGCAGAAGGAGGAGACAUUUCUCUCUGAAGAUGAACUCAACAGACCACCUUCAGGAUGCCCCCAAUGCCACCUCGCUCCAUGUGCCUCACUUGCAGGAAGGAAACAGCACCUCUCUGCAGGAGGGUCUUCAGGAUCUCAUCCACACAGCCACCUUGGUGACCUGUACUUUUCUACUCACGGUCAUCUUCUGCCUGGGUUCCUAUGGCAACUUCAUUGUCUUCUUGUCCUUCUUCGAUCCAGCCUUCAGGAAAUUCAGAACCAACUUUGAUUUCAUGAUCCUGAACCUGUCCUUCUGCGACCUCUUCAUUUGUGGAGUGACGGCCCCCAUGUUCACCUUCGUGUUAUUCUUCAGCUCAGCCAGUAGUAUCCCAGAUGCUUUCUGCUUCACUUUCCAUCUCACCAGCUCAGGCUUCAUCAUCAUGUCCCUGAAGACAGUGGCAGUGAUCGCCCUGCAUCGGCUCCGGAUGGUGCUGGGGAAGCAGCCGAAUCGCACGGCCUCCUUUGCCUGCACCUUACUCCUCACCCUGCUUCUCUGGGCUACCAGUUUCACCCUUGCCACCUUGGCUACCUUGAAAACCAGCAAGUCCCACCUCUGUCUUCCCAUGGCCAGUCUGAUUGCUGGAAAAGGGAAAGCCAUUUUGUCUCUCUAUGUGGUCGACUUCACCUUCUGUGUGGCUGUGGUCUCUGUCUCUUACAUCAUGAUUGCUCAGACCCUGCGGAAGAACGCUCAAGUCAGAAAGUGCCCCCCUGUAAUCACAGUCGACGCUUCCAGACCACAGCCUUUCAUGGGGGUCCCUGUGCAGGGAGGUGGAGACCCCAUCCAGUGUGCCAUGCCCGCUCUGUAUAGGAACCAGAAUUACAACAAACUGCAGCACGUUCAGACCCGUGGAUAUACCAAGAGUCCCAACCAGCUGGUCACCCCUGCAGCCAGCCGACUCCAGCUGGUAUCAGCCAUCAAUCUCUCCACUGCCAAGGAUUCCAAAGCCGUGGUCACCUGUGUGAUCAUCGUGCUGUCAGUCCUGGUGUGCUGUCUUCCACUGGGGAUUUCCUUGCUACAGGUGGUUCUGUCCAGUAAUGGGAGCUUCAUUCUUUACCAGUUUGAAUUGUUCGGAUUUACUCUUAUAUUUUUCAAGUCAGGAUUAAACCCUUUUAUAUAUUCUCGGAACAGUGCAGGGCUGAGAAGGAAAGUGUUCUGGUGCCUCCAAUACAUAGGCCUGGGUGUUUUCUGCUGCAAACAAAAGACUCGACUACGAGCCAUGGGAAAGGGGAACCUCGAAGUCAACAGAAACAAAUCCUCCCAUCAUGAAACAAACUCUGCCUACAUGUUAUCUCCAAAGCCACAGAAGAAAUUUGUGGACCAGGCCUGUGGCCCAAGUCAUUCAAAGGAAAGUGUGGUAAGUCCCAAGAUGUCUGCUGGACAUCAGCACUGUGGUCAGAGCAGCUCAACCCCCAUCAACACUCGAAUUGAACCUUACUACAGCAUCUAUAAUAGCAGCCCUUCCCAGGAGGAGAGCAGCCCAUGUAACUUACAGCCAGUAAACUCUUUUGGAUUUGCCAGCUCCUAUAUUGCCAUGCAUUACCACACCACUAAUGACUUAAUGCAGGAAUAUGACAGCACUUCCGCCAAGCAGAUUCCAGUCCCCUCCGUUUAAAGUCAUGGAGGCUACAGGAUCUUAUGUAGACAGUCUUUGUUUCUGAUACUAACUAACUUUAUUCUAACUUUGAGAUCAAUGGCAGAUCAAAACUUAAAAGAUUCAACUGAAAAGCUGGCAGUUAUGAUUUUCUUUCAUUCGAUGUGUCCGUAUCUGUUGAUUUGCUUUAUAGUUUGUUGACAUCUAAGAUUUGAUGUGAAAGUUUUAGAUUUUUACCCUGAGCUUCGCCUCAGUCUUUUGUACCUAACCUUUAAAUAGAUGCCGGGAAUGAAGCUACUGUGUUAAAAGUCAACCGAUUAUCAUGAUUUGAGUCAAUGUUAUGUGUCUUCAAAAUAAGAUAUUGGCUGGAUUUUUUUU